AUGGAUCUCACCAAUGUCGAGGAGACUGCGUCAGGCGCACCUAACACAAUGGACGACUCCAGCAGCUUCGCAGUCCCGCAGAAGGAUGACGUGGCCAGAGCGGGGCGGAGUGACGAGCGAAGGGCGGAGGAAAAGACGCCAGCACCUGUUAUUUGCUUUACUGCGGAGGAAGAUGGGCCAGUUCUGGUGGUGUUGGUGUUGAUGUUGGGGGCGGCGGAUGUGGGGGCGACCUCCAUGCCCGGCGGCCUCUGCCCCGUGCCCACAGAUGACCCCGGCGUGCUGAAAGCGAUCCGGGUGGCCGAGGAGGACUUCAACCACAAAUCCAGCGACUUGUUUCACACCGCGGUGUCGAAUGUGAUAUCGGCCCAAAAACAGGUGGUGUCGGGGUUCAUGUACCAUCUCACCCUGGAGCUGAGAACCACCGUCUGCAGGAAGCGUUCGGUUUCCCGGAACUGUCCCUUCCACAAGGAUCCUCAAUAUGCCAAGACAAUGACCUGUAAAUUUCAAGUCUUGGAGCACCCGUGGAUCGGGCCCACGCAGGUGACUGAAUCUUCUUGCUCCAGGACGGCCAAGUGACCGGUCUGUAGGACCCCGGCGGCACACAGCGUGGCGCGCACCGCUCAGCUAAAACAAUAAUUCUGAUCACCAGGUCAAAUGGAUAGGAAUACAGCACUUUACCACGGCCCGGGUCGCCUCGU